UCUUUUCAAUAAUAUUUCAAAAACAAAAAUUUCAAUUUAAUUCGAAAAUCUAAAGUUUCUUACAGUUUCCAACUCAAAACACACAGAAAAACAAACAAAAAAGCUCAAAAUUAUUUCUUUGAAACCACGAAAUUCCAAAUUCGAACGCUACUCCAAUUUUCGACAAGAAUCUCUUACAAAAACAACAGCUAUAUAGAUUUUGCACAAGUUUUGGAAACAAAGAAAAAUGACGCUCUUUCGUGCAUUUGGUAAUCAGCUCUUGCAAGGCAUGAAAACGCCAGCCCUCAGAAGGUGUCUGCCACGUACAAUGGCCAGCCAAAAUAAGCACCCGGGCUAUCGUUCACAGUGCGCAUCUGACGAUCCAAAGUGUGGCGAGAAGAAGAUCAAAGAAAAGAAAGACAGCGGCGAAUGCGAUAAAAAGAAAGAAAAGAAGCGUACUUCUAUGUGGUUAAACCCAGAGUGUUGUCUGGACGUAUGCCCAGAUGUCUUGCCGCGUUUCGACGAUCUCUACUAUAAAGCCUCCGACAAAGCCAAACGCAAGUACACGCGCACAUGGAACGAAUGUCCAGAUUUGAAAAUAGCACCGCGAAAGAUUUGCUGUUUUGAAAACAUCUCCUUGCCACCAUUAGAAAAGCGUAAAAAACGUCGUGGUGAUCGAGAAAGCGCUUGUCCCGUUCCGACGGCUGAGGAAAAAGCCAGCUGCUCGAUAAAACAGAAUAAGCGCUGUAUUAAAAUUCGUCUACCCGGGUGUGGCGCUGUACGUGAACCACCGAAAUGUUUCGUCAUCAAACAAUCAGUGAAAUGCCGUAAGAUUUGCACACCAUAUCCAGCAUAUUCGGAAUGCUCACGACCUAAACCGAAACCACGUCCGCCAGUCGAAUGCAAUUGCCUGAUCGUGGGUCCACUCUGCGGCCUACAUUAGUCGCGAGUAUGCGCAAAAUAGUCACGUUGUUGCCGAGGUGUAGGGCCGUGUUUAGUGAAACUGAGUAGAAGAUGUGGAAAGCAUUCAACUGGUGCAUUGCAUAAAAUCACUCAAAGUUUCAGCUUUCAGUUUCGUGCUUGAAGCUGGUCAUGAUAUUGAAAGCUGAAAUUAUUGAGAAAACUUAUUUAGCUGAAAACAAGCGAAAAGCUCGUAUAAAAAAUAUUGUCGAAAACAAGACUAGCCACUCCUAGCAAUCCUUAGAACAUAGGCAAUUCAACCUCUUUCGAAAAUCAAAUUCUAUGUUGAAAUUAAAAACUGCAAAAUUUAAACAAAAAAAUUCUAAAUUUAAUAAAAGCUAAAAGGAACACAAAACAUUUAU